AUGUCGGAAAAGACUAUUGAAAAAGUGGAUCCUGAGAAAAGCAAAGGGCUAGAAAAUGAAAAUGAUGGGGAUGGCAAUUCAGAUAGUACGGCGGAGGCGGCAGCCACGCCUACCGAAGAAGGUCCUGCCACUUUCGAUAAGGCAAUCGAGGGGGCCGGAUUUGGGAUCUUCAAUCUGAUGCUGCUCAUCGUCUCCAUUCCCGCCCAGAGUGCCGCCAUUUUCGAGUCCAGCUCGAUGUCCUACAUCCUGCCAAUUGCCGAGUGCGAUCUUCGCCUGACCCUGGAGGACAAGGGUGUCCUGAAUGCGGUGGCCUAUGCGGGCAUGACUAUAUCGGCUAUAGCCUGGGGCUACCUGGCCGACACGAAAGGUCGCAAGAAGAUCCUCUACUGGGGCUAUUUGAUUGAUGCAGUGUGCGUUUUCGGCAGCGCAUUGAGUCAGAAUUUCUCGAUGCUGGUGGUUUUCAAGUUCUUGGGUGGUUUGGUGGUUAAUGGACCAGCUGCUGUGCUGUUUACCUACAUAACGGAAAUGCACGGACCCAAGCACAGAUCUUCCGUUCUGAUGAUUAUUGGCAUGGUCACCUCCACGGCGACGGUUUCACUGCCUCUUCUCGCCUGGGGUAUUUUUCCACGAGAUUGGGACUUUGAGUUCUGGGGCCUGCAAAUCCACAGUUGGCAAAUUUACCUGUUCGUUCUGGGCAUCCCCAGUUUGGUCAGUGGUCUGAUUUUCUGCUUCAUGCCGGAGAGUCCUCGGUUCUUGAUGGCUCAAGGACGAAACGAAGAAGCCAUGCAGGCCUUCAAGCAGAUCUACCGUGUCAACACACGCAAGCCAAAGGAUAGCUAUCCAAUUAAAGCCCUUAUUCAGGAGGUUCCCAAUCGUAAGGCCCUUGAAAACGAGGUUAUCUACACCAUCGAGGAGAAGUCCGGGGAGAUUCCUCCAAAGCGUCAGUCCCGCACUUUGGCGGAGAGCCUGCGAUCUGGACUGCAGCAGAUGAAGCCGCUGUUCAGGAAGCCCCUGCUCGGCCUGUCCAUCUGCUGCUACGUGAUGCAGUUCGGCAUCUUCCUCGGGAUGAACACCAUCCGGCUGUGGCUCCCACAGCUCUUCGCCUCCAUGGCGGAGUUCGAGGCGCUCCAUGACAGCGAUGGAUUGGAUGCCAGCAUGUGCACCAUCCUCGAGUUCAGCGUGAAUCGCACGGCGGAGACUGCCCUAAAUUACGCCGACGCCUGUUCCGUGCCCAAGGUAAUAUCGAUGGAUAUGUAUCUGAACAACAUAAUUGUAUCGGCCACUGGCUUUGUGGGUUACUUCUUUGCCGGAGGAAUUAUCCGUGCUCUGGGUCCCAAGCGUAUGAUGACCUAUGGACUAUUUCUUUCGGGGACCUUUGGCCUCUUGCUUUACUUCUCCGUGAGCAGUUUAAUGACACUUAUAGUGGCAGCAACCUUCCUGACAAUUACGGGAAUUGCCGUCUCUUCGCUACUGGGAGCUGUGGUGGCCCUUUUUCCCACCCAGUUAAGAACCGUUGUGGUUGCCAUUGCCAUGAUGUGCGGACGUUUUGGCGCCCUGUCCGGAAACUUACUCUUCCCCGUCUUCGUUCAGAUCGGCUGUUUGCCUCCAUUUAUAAUGGUCUCCUCAGUGCUGAUAUUUGCGGGAAUUCUGUCAAUAUUCAUGCCCAACCCAGCAAAGGCGACAUUUUCUUAAGGGGAUUCUAACCUUCCGUUUUCGUAAUACUUGGUUGAAGGUUUCCAGUCUAAGAAUGAAUUUUAAAUGACUUUGGUUUCAUCCGAACCAGUUGCCCACUAACUUAAACCAGAUCUUGCGACAUUAGCUUAGCUUUUGUUUAGUUGUACAAAUUAGAGAUAACGAAUUAACCGGAUUGGAGGAGAUAGGCGCUGAACAACUAUUUAUAUUUACCUUAAGUAAUCAAAUUAAAUAUAUCUUUAUUGUUG